AAACCGUUGCUAAGUUCACACUAGUGCCCUAACCCUACUCUGUAAUCUGUGCCCCAAUCUGUUCGAAAAUUAGCAGCAGGAUAUUCCAACAUAUUUACUAAAUUAUAUAAAAUAUGUCUGGGCAGUCUGGGGAAGGUAUUUCAGCUAUCUAUACUUCUGAGAAAUAUGGAAAUGAUGAAAGUGGUGAUGGUUCAGAGUCGAGUCCAUUUAAAACUAUAUUACAGGCUAUGAAAAAAGCCGGCAAAGAACCUUUUCCUGUUAUAUAUGUGGAUGGUAAAAAAGAUGAUGUUAAAUUUGAAGAAGCAGCUAAGUCCCAGUUAAAAAAAAUUCAAAAAAUAUGGGUCAGGGAUAACUACAAACAGCAGGACAAAUUGAAAAAAGAGGAAGAAGAUGCUAUCAGAAGGGAAAAAAAUUUAGACGAAGCAAAAAAGGUAACUCUUGAGGAGGAUAAAUCCCUUGCUGAAGCUAAAAGAAUAAAAAUCUCCCAAGGGAAGGACUUCAGAGGACAGCGUAUUAAGAUUUAUGGUUGGGUACAUCGCUUAAGGAAGCAAGGAAAAGGAAUGAUGUUUAUAACCAUAAGAGAUGGGACUGGCUUUUUACAAAGCAUUUUGACAGAUAAAUUAACUCAAACGUAUAAUGCAUUAAUACUCACAACGGAAUCUUCUAUUGUUCUUCAUGGUGUUCUAAAAGAACUCCCAGAAGGUAAAAGUGCUCCCGGGGGACACGAAUUAGUUGUUGAUUAUUGGGAACUCAUUGGGUUAGCUCCAGCAGGUGGGGCUGAUGCCAUUUUGAAUGAACAUGCAUUACCAGAUGUUCAAGCAGAAAAUCGUCAUAUAAUGAUCAGAGGAGAGAAUACCGCUAAAGUUCUGAGGAUACGUUCUGUAUUACUUCAAAGUUUCAGAGAGCAUUACUUAGACAGAGGUUACGCCGAGAUUACUCCACCAAAUAUCGUUCAAACACAAGUAGAAGGAGGUGCAACCCUUUUCAAAUUAGAUUAUUUUGGGGAGGAAGCCUAUCUCACACAAAGCUCCCAACUUUAUCUCGAAACAUGUUUGCCCUCUAUGGGAGACGUAUUUUGUAUUGCUGAGAGCUUUAGAGCUGAACAAAGCAGGACAAGAAGACAUCUUGCUGAAUACACACACGUGGAAGCGGAGUGUCCCUUCAUCACUUUCGAUGAACUUUUAGAUCGAUUGGAAGAUUUGAUAUGUGAUGUUGUUGACAGAGUUCUGAAAUCGCCGUAUGCUGAUAUAGUUCAUGAAUUGAACCCAGACUUCAAAGUGCCAGAACGUCCAUUCCUAAGAAUGAAUUAUGCUGAUGCCAUUGAAUAUUUAAAGAAAAACAAUAUAACAAAACCAGACGGAACCUUCUACGAGUUUGGAGAGGACAUUCCUGAAAUGCCUGAAAGGAAGAUGACAGAUCAGAUUAAUAAGCCCAUAAUGUUGUGUCGCUUCCCAGCAAAUAUAAAAUCUUUCUAUAUGAGCAAAUGUCCAGAAGAUAAGAGGUUGACUGAAAGUGUGGAUGUUCUCUUACCUAAUGUUGGCGAAAUUGUCGGUGGUUCUAUGAGGAUUUAUAACUUAGAAGAACUAUUGGAAGGGUAUAAGAAUGAAGGAAUCGAUCCUGCUCCCUAUUAUUGGUAUACAGACCAGAGAAAAUACGGAACUUGUCCUCAUGGUGGUUAUGGUUUAGGUUUAGAACGUUUUGUAUGUUGGCUGCUCAAUAGGUACCAUAUCAGAGAGGUUUGCCUGUACCCGCGCUACUUGAAUCAUUGUAAACCUUAAUAGCAUUCAGGCCCAUCCAGUUGUAUGCAUUUAACCUUCGAAUAAACUGCUUUUGAAGAUA